CCUCGGCUGCACCAGGGGAGAGGAUGAGAGGAGAAUCUGGUUUUAUUCGGGGUUUCUGCACAAAUCGGUGACGAUGGCACAGAAAGUCCAGCCUUGUUUUUUUGUGUCGUCCAAUAAAAUGUGAAAUUACGCAGCGUGCGUGCCUGACAGCGGCCGACACACACACACACACACACACAGAGGCAGACACACACACAGACAGACAGGCGGCGGAGGAGAGUUGCUGCGAACAUCUUCCACUUCACACACCGACAAACACCGAGAACUGCUCCGCUCGCAGAUGCGCCCCGGACCGGCCGCCGUCUCCUCCGGUGGGGAUUCGCCUUGUCGUGGGGAUUUAGCGCUCGAUCGCCGCCCCGGAGAAGAUGCCUGAAUGCUGGGCGGCCAGCGCCGGAGACCGUGUGCCUUGUGCGGGGCUCAAGGGUCCGUGUGCCACAACAUAAAAAACUCGGGAGCGCAGCGAGGCCAGCGGCGGCGGCAGCAGCCUGUAGCACCAGUUAGCCGCGCGGCUACGACGCUAGCCCGCUAACGUUACAGGUGUUCGGCGCAGAAACCGGCCAGACGCGGGCGUGUAGCUGCGGGGAACCGGCGGGAAGCUGCUCCCCGGUGUCGCGGCGCGAAAGUGAACUCAACGUGCCCGCUGUUGUCUCUCCGAACGAGCGGCGAGAACCACACUUAGCAGCGUUGUUGUUAGCCGUUAGCUUCUGAGUUGGUCCCGUGUUUACAGCGGCGGGCGCGCUAAGCUAGCAGCCCGAGCUAGCGAGUUAACUUUAUAGCUACAUGUGCUUGUUUUCGUUUGCAGCUUAUGUCUCGCUGCGUGUUGCGACUCGACCCGGGACUCGCAGCCUAGUGUAGCGACACUCGUCGUCGGUUUGGCUCGCUCGGUCCCGCCGCGCCUGCCCCCCGGACUGACCCACCCACCAGGACUAUCCACCCGGGGGCCGAUGCUGACAGUUCAGCCCGGAUCACGGCCACGCCAGGAGCCGCUACAGCGAUGCAGCCCCAGCAGAUCUACGACUUUUCGAGUGACGAGAACAGUCACAAAUGGAGAGGCCUGUUCGUGCAAGCUCUGCGAAAGGUACAGAAGCAGGUCCACCCAAACCUCACGGCGAAGGAGGACGCCCUGCAGCACAUCGAGGAGCUGAUCCUGCAGCUGCUCAGCAUGCUGUGUGUGGCCCAGCCUCGCUCUGUGCAGGAUGUAGAGGAACGUGUCCAGAAAACCUUUCCCCACCCUAUUGAUAAGUGGGCGAUUGCCGACGCCCAGUCAGCCAUCGUGAAACGCAAUAGGAGAAACCCCUUACUUCUCCCUGUGGACAAGAUACACCCACUGCUCAAGGAGGUUCUGGGCUACAAAGUUGACUACCACGUGUCCCUCUACAUCGUGGCAGUGCUUGAAUACAUAUCAGCAGACAUCCUGAAACUGGCAGGAAACUAUGUCGGCAACAUUCGGAACUAUGAGAUCAACCAACAGGACAUCAAGGUGUCCAUGUGCGCAGACAAGGUGCUGAUGGACAUGUUUGACCAGGAGGAGGACAUCGGCCUGAUGUCUCAGUGCACGGAGGAGCCGUCCUCCUCCGGGGAGCUCACGUACGACGACCUGGUGAGGCUUGAAAUCGCAGAGGAGCGGCAGUAUCUACGAGAACUCGACCUCAUCAUCAAAGUGUUCCGCCAUCACUUCCUGUCCAACCCCAAAAUUUUCACGGCUCAGGAUGUGGAGGUGAUCUUCAGUAACAUCCUAGACAUCCACGAGCUGACGGUGAAGCUGCUUGGGCUGAUUGAAGACGCCGUGGAGAUGACCGCUGACGGCAGCCCUCAUCCGCUGGUGGGCAGCUGCUUUGAAGAUCUAGCAGAGGAGCAGGCGUUCGACCCCUACGAGACCCUGUCUCAGGAUAUCCUCAACAAGGACUUCCACGAACAUUUCAACAACCUGAUGUCACGACCAACCGUUGGCCUCUACUUCCAGUCAGUUGCAGAAGGAUUCAAAGAAGCAGUCCAGUACGUCCUCCCCCAGCUGAUGAUGGUCCCAGUAUACCACUGUAUGCACUACUUCGAACUAUUACAGCAACUUCAGGAGCGCAGCCAGGACCAAGAUGACCGAGAAUGUCUGAAGCAGGCGAUCACAGCGCUGCUCAACCUUCAGUGUAGCGUCGAGCGCAUCUAUGCCAAGCACCAGCCUCGCCGUAAACCUGGUGAGCCCAUGUACCGCCUGUACAGCAGGCAGGUUCGUAGCAAACAACUCGCCAUCAAACGCAUGAACGAGAUUCAGAAGAGCAUCGACGGCUGGGAGGGUAAAGACAUCGGCCAGUGCUGCAGCGAGUUCAUCCUGGAGGGGCCGCUUCUACGAGCGGGCGCCAAGCACGAGAGGCACAACUUCCUGUUCGAUGGCCUCAUGAUCAGUUGCAAGGCCAAUCAGAGCUCGCGGCUCCCGGGGUCAGGCAGCGGAGCGGAGUACCGUCUGAAGGAGAAGUUUGUGCUGAGGAAGAUCCGCAUAGUGGAUCGCGAGGACUCGACAGAGCUGCGACACGCGUUUGAACUGAUAGGCAAAGAUGAGAACUGUGCGGUUUUCUGUGCACGGACAGCAGAGGAGAAGGCGGCGUGGAUGGCGGGGCUGGUGACUCUGCAGUACCGCUCCACUUUGGACCGCAUGUUGGACACGGUGCUGCAGCACGAGGAACAGGCACAUCCUCUAAGACUGCCCUCCCCGGAGGUUUACCGCUUUGCUGUGCAGGACUCUGAGGAGAAUAUAGUGUUUGAGGACAAAGUGCAGAGCAAAACAGGCAUUCCCAUCAUUAAGGCCGGCACAGUGGGGAAGCUCAUAGAGAGGCUCACCUACCACAUGUAUGCUGAUCCUAACUUUGUUCGCACGUUUCUUACCACGUACCGAUCAUUCUGCAAACCACAGGAGCUUCUGAACCUGCUGAUAGACCGGAUUGAGAUCCCUGAGCCAGAACCCACUGAGGAGGACCGACAGGCUCUCUGGAACGGUGAUCAGCCGAUGGCGGCCGAGCUCCAGAGGUUCCGUAAGGAGUACGUGCAGCCGGUCCAGCUCAGGGUUCUCAACGUUUUCCGUCAGUGGGUCGAACAUCAUUUCUACGACUUUGAGAACGACCCGGAGCUGAGGAGUCGACUAGAGGAAUACAUCACCAGCAGAAUUCAACUGAGAGGCAAGUCGAUGAGAAAGUGGGUGGAGUCCAUAAACAAGAUCAUCAAGAGGAAGCUGCAGACGCAGUCGAACGGCGUCAGUCACAACAUCACCUUCGAGAGCCUGCCUCCUAACUUCGAGUGGCACAUCUGCAGAGCGGGACAAGUGGACACAUUCGACCUCAUGACCCUUCACCCCAUAGAGAUCGCCCGCCAGCUGACUCUGCUCGAGUCCGAGCUCUACAGAGCUGUCCGGCCGUCCGAGCUGGUCGGCAGCGUCUGGACCAAAGAGGACAAAGAGAAGAACUCGCCAAACUUGCUCCGCAUGAUCCGUCACACCACCAACCUCACACUGUGGUUCGAGAAGUGUAUCGUGGAGACGAUGAACCUGGAGGAGAGGGUGGCGGUGUUGUCGCGGGUGACGGAGAUCCUGCAGGUUUUCCAGGAGCUCAACAACUUCAACGGUGUGCUGGAGGUCGUCAGUGCCAUCAACUCCGUCCCCGUCUACCGGCUCGAACACACCUUCGAGGCAAUACCAGAGAGGAAAAAGAAAAUUCUGGAAGAAGCUGUGGAACUGAGCCAAGACCAUUUUAAGAAAUACUUGGCUAAACUCAAGUCAAUAAACCCACCCUGUGUGCCUUUCUUUGGUAUCUAUCUGACCAACAUCCUGAAGACGGAGGAGGGCAACCCCGACUUCCUCAAACGCCACGGCAAGGCUUUGAUCAACUUCAGCAAGAGGAGGAAAGUGGCUGAAAUCACGGGAGAGAUCCAGCAGUAUCAGAACCAGCCGUACUGUCUGAAGGUGGAGCACGACAUCAGGAGGUUCUUUGAGAACCUGAACCCGAUGGGCAACAGGAGUGAGAAGGAGUUUGUGGACUACCUGUUCAAAAUGUCGAUGGAUAUUGAGCCACGGAACUGCAGGCAGGCUCCUCGAUUUCCCAGGAAGACCAUGUACAAUCUGAAGUCCCCGGGCAUCCGGCCGGUGCGAACGUCUACCUCUGGCACCCUGAAGGGCCACCCCGUCCCCCUGGAGAGGGAGCCCCCGCAUAAGAUCACCUUCCGGAGCAUCGCAGAGACCGAGCCCGAGAUGCCGGUGUCGGCCUCGGUGCCCACCUCUCCGAACACGCCAACCCCCCCGCAGUCAGCCUGCUCUGACCUCAGCUCAGUCUUCAUGGAUCACGACUUCAGCAGCUCGUACGGCGGUGAGUUCAGCUCCUACGGCGGUAGUAACUCCAUAUUUGUUCCAGUUCCUCCGACGCCUUUGAAGCACCAUUCUAUUUCCUGCAACAGCCUCCACCAGCUCGGAGAGGACCUGCUCAGGCCGCCACCUCUACCGCCACGAAGGAAAGAUGCCAUGUCUGAAUCCAAACUGAGCUCCAGGUCCGACAGCCCUCCAGCGAUUCCUCCGCGGCUGCCCCCUCCUCUUCCCAGGAACCAGCCUCGCCUGCCGGCCUACAAUGGCCCUGCCCUCGACGGCCCCCUCCCGAGCCCGCCGCCUCCACCGCCCCGCGACCCUCUGCCCGACACGCCUCCUCCGGUGCCCCAGCGGCCCCCAGAGAUCUUCAUAAACUACCCCCCCCUGCAGCCUUCCCCCGUGGGCCGAUACCACUGGGACUUCAACAGCUCCCCCAGCUCUCCGAACACCCCGCCCAGCACGCCGUCGCCUCGCAUUCCCAGGCGGAGCUGUCCACUGAGCGCCAGCCAGAACAGCCUCUGCCCGCUACCUGUCCCCAUCACCGCUCCUCCGGUCCCACCUCGCCACAACUCCAGCCCGCAACUCCCCAAACUCCCACCAAAGACAUACAAAAGGGAGCUGCUGCAGCCGCCGCUACAAGGCCUCUCAUUGGUGGAGAACACCGACAGCAGCCAGUGAGUCUGCUCCAAUUCAUUUUUAAAACGCCUAGAGGCGACGCUGACAUGCAAACUUCAAACUGUCGCCUUCCGACUAGGACACAGUGGACUCGAAAGCUACUGAUCAGAAAGAAAAACACUGCUCCACAUACUGUUAACUCCACGCGCCCGCCCUCUGCAUCGACCAGUCGCCGCCCGCCGUGCCUCUCAGGGGAUCAGUAGCUCCGCCUUCAUCAGGAACCCUCUGUGCCAAUGAGAAACCCACACCGGUGUGCCAGCUAAUAAACAACAAGGAGUCGGGUGUUUGUGUCUGUCUCUUCUGUUCGGAGCGAGAAUGUUCCUGAUUAAAGUUCUCACCCCUCGCUCACCAAACUCACCCCGCGUCCCACUCCAUCACCAGGGCAGGGUGAGUGUGGGGGGGGCGUGGACUUUGUAGCCUUAACUGUCAUGCUUUGUUUCUUUGGGCAUUGACAUCACCCGGAGUCCCUGCUCCGAUUUCUACGACCUCUCUCCUCCUCAACUUAGAUUAACCUUAGACGUAGCUCUUUCUCGGUGGGUGCGAGCAGCAGACAUUUCCAUUGACUUGUUUCCUACUAACUGAAAACAAACAGUUGCCAAAGUCUUAUUUUAUGCAGGGGGAUAAGGGAUUUUCUUCUUCUUCUUUUUAACAAAUGUGACAUUAACAGAAACACAAGCAGGAGGCGACACUGAAUCCCCCACCUCGUAUCUCAACUGUACACUGUGACUGUAUCGACGCGAGUCAAACUGUCUGAUUGUUUGUUUUUUGUCUGAAGACAGGCCGCUCCGCAGCCACAAAACGUUGCCUUUAAAAAAAAAAAAAAGAAAAACAGCGGUGACCUCUGACCCCAGGCUCUGGUCCUCUCGGCCCCCAGACGGGGAACAAAACGAGAGCCAAGAACACUCCAUUUGCACAUCAAGCUUGGGCAAAGUCAGCAGGUUUUCUUCGACCAGAAAGGAGAAAUCAAAUCCCUCUGCGGUGUGCGACAGAGGGACGUCUGCCACGAUAUCACACAGCACCGACACAGGGCGGAGAGACGAGGACGUUUUCUCUCUGCGCCUCCUGGAGAAGCUGAGGUCUGACCCGUCCCCGCUGCUGUCCCGACACUGUGCUCCUCUCCGGCAGCCCCCACCCCCACCACCACCACCAACCUUUCUUCAUUGGUAUUCAAGCUCAGCACUGGAAGCACGCAAACCUCCCACCAAAGCUGAGUCAGCUCCCCCCAGUGGCUGCACCAAAUACCCCCAAAAAACCCAUAAAUAAAUAAAUUUUUAAGAAACCCAUGAAAAAGAGGAACUUUUUAACCCUCCUUCUUCUUCUUCUUCUUCUCGAUCUCUCCCUCUUUUCCUUUUUCUGCUUGAAACGUUUUUUGUUUCACUUUGGAAAGACUGAAAUAAUCCAUGCAUCACGCUCAGAUGUGCCUUUUAUUUUGUUUUGUACUUUACAGAAAUAAGCAAACGGUGUCUAAAAUGCUAAAAAAUAAAGUUGCCUAUGUAAUGUUUAGAACAAAGCUAUACACUAUGAAAUUGUACAUGUUUGUGGAUACUGUGUAUAUGUAACAUGUAUACACUAACUAAAUAAUUUGUAUAAAAUGACAAUUUUCUUUUUCUUCCCUGUUGUAUCGUAUCCUCAUCCGCAUCUGUUCAGUCAAAAAAAAAUAUUUGCCUAAUAAUCCAAUGCUGCUACAGUCGGAUAAAAAAAAACUAAAAAACAAAACGAGAAAAAAAACAGGUCACUGUCACUAACUUACUUACAGACAAUCUCCAGUUGAAUCACUGGGAGUAUUAACUGAGGAAAGCCAUUUUCUUUCUUCCCCCCCGCCCCCUUAGAUGUUUUAAAGCAAUGAAAAAAAGAAGAUACAGUUCAAUAUGCCAAGCACUUACUUAGACGUGUGCUUCACUUUGUACAUCCUACUAAUUGCCUUUUUCUCCUUUUCAAAGACUUUUUAAUGCUAACGCUCAUUAAACAGAGGUCGGAAAUUGUAUUAAAGCCGCAGCUGAAUAUGUAAAGACGUGUGUUCAGCUGCAAGUGUUCGAUCGUAGUGAAGAAUUGGAAUGUUUUUUUGUUUUUUUUGUUUUUUGUUUUCUGAGAAACACACUUUGUGCACUUUAGGCUGUACUGUUGACGAGCCACGGUUGUUAUAGGUCGUGUUUGUAAAUGCGGUGGUCCUAUGCAGCUGUUCAACUCACUUUCUACGCGGAUCGGGGCAGGAAAAGUCCACCGUCUCUGUUCGAUCCCCUCCACGUUUGUGAAAAGACGCCCGAAACACCCCGAGCGUGUCUGAUGACCACACGCUGGAUCUCAGCAGGUUUUUAAAAAAAAUACACACAAACAGAAAAUCACUCGUGCCCUUUUCCCCUCUCCCCACUUUGCUCUGAACCAACAGAGUCGUCCUGGUCGAGAGGGGACAGAGGAGUUUCAUCACUUCACUUGUCUCUCGCUCGGGUUCUGUCCAUUUCCCACGUCAGUAUUGUUGGGGUUGAUUUUUGCCAAGUUUUUGUUUCCCCCCUCUUUAUUAUUUUAAGACCCCCAACAGAGGACCAGAUUGGUUUUCCUCCGGUGGCACGGUAACAGCUUGAUCCAGCAGUCGGUUUAUUUGAUGGUAUGUGGCCUUUUAACUGCUUUGUAUUAAUGGUCUUGAUGAGAUUAAUAAAUCACCCAGUCUUAUUUUGUACUGAA